ACGGGUUGUUUACAUCUGUCUUUAUAGUUAGAGACUGGCCCCCCUCCCCCGGGGCACCCAACAAGGAAGUUUCGUCUAAAUUUCCCAACUAGUUUCUCUCUCUCCAUUAUGCAGUCCCGGAAAUAUUUCGACACGAGCCCUGUACGUCUGUAAAAUGACAUCACAUGCGAUGUACACUUGGCGCGAUGGCAACGACGGCCGCUUCAGCUCCGCCUGCAGAUGAUACAGGAAUACCAAGUGAGGUGAAGCUGGCUCUGCCUGUAGUGGCAGGGGGUCUGGCCAUCUUCGUCAUUCUCCUCGUCCUCAAACGGUGCGGGUAUUGUGACAGGAUGUGUAAAAGAAAGAAGACGAGGAAGAUGGAGAAGGAAGACAUAGAGAUGAGGACAAUGUUGCCUCCUCCCAUGCCAUUUUCAAGCCAAACACGCACCAACGGCGGCCAUUUGUUGCAACCCCUCCAUGUGGACAGUCGCGAUGGGUCUCAAAACCGUGGUCAUUACAGUUCUCACGUAAACAGAGCUCUGCCGAGUACCCCAACACCGCUACCCUGCCCCCCGAGGCACAGAGACUCUCACACCCUUCCCCCUGACGGCACUGACGUCGUGAGCGCGGGCUACAAUGCCAUUGAUGACAGACAGUUGAUACACCAGAGUCAACGUAGAAGCAGACUCGGUAACCAUGGCUACGUGACAAUGUCGUCAGGUAAAGCUGCUUCUUGUUGCAAGAAAAUACCAAAGGCCACCUACAUCACCGCACAACAUGACUCCAGUGUUCCUGUCAACGUCUGUGCUCCAAUCUUGAGGACACACACGGAAUCCGAGUGCAGAGAACAGUACCGCCAUCGCUUUAGUCUAUUGUCAUUAAAUCACCAAUGGAAUCCAGACGUACGAGACCACAGAGCCGAAACUGUUCCAUCAGCUGUUCCUCUCACGAAGAUUUAUUCAAAUUCCACCCAUUCUCUGCCAGAUAGACUGAGGUGUACAGAGAUACCAAUUGGACCUUUCGUUUCAAGAGACACGCAGAAAGAACCAGAUAUGGAUGAGGCUAUUGCACAAACGAUAGCGAGCGAAUCCUUUGAAAACAUGGCGUCCUUCGCAGGUGCAUGGUGGCAUGCACAACCUGAAGAUACUGAAGAUGGAAAGGAUGCACCACAUUUGCCAAAGAAGCGUUGUCAGUCACUGCCGCGCCAUAUGCACGCUACGGGAGCUACCUACGUUUCCAUGACAACUCGGAAACUACCAAGAUCACAUACAAUUGAAGGGGAGUAUGUGACACUGCCCCCCUUGCACUGUCGACGCCCCUACGACAGCUAUAUAACCAGCGGCCAGAAGAUGAGGGGUCAGUCAUUACGACUGUCCGGGCAACAUGACAAGAAAUUUGCAGCGCUUGGUCGCCCCUGUCCCGUCAGGAAGGAUCCACACAUGUCACUGCCUCCUCCAGCUCCGUGUGUGAUGUCCCACGACUACAUCAAUGCAAAGACAGCCUCGCACUUCUAGGACACGCCAAGGUGAUUAUUUGCUCUUCAGAUUGCCUAUCCUAUCCACAGAGGACAAGCAAACAUUGUCGAUAAUUUACGAAAAUUGACUAUUUUCGUGUGUAGAUGACUGUAUCCCUCAUAACACAUUAAUAUACAUGUGUAUUUUAGAUCUCGGUUUCGUAGACAUGCUAUUUUUGCCUACAUUCAUUAUUGUGAAGCCAAUUUUGAGACGAGACUGGAAAUAAAGGAACUGGAUCUGAUAAUAGGGAAAGCUGUUCCAGAGGUGCAGCGAUUCUGACUUACCAAUUCCACACUUCUCAGAAUGACGUCAUACGAUUGUUUCUUGAUUACAUAUCAUUAUGUAAAGGUAGCAUUAAUAUUGUGUAUACUAUAUUAUUCCGACUUAUAAUAACCCACAAUACAGAAAUUAUGCACACUUUUUUAUAUUUUACGGUUCACGGUUUCUUUGCUAACCAAUUUGCUUGUGUAGGUCGAAAUGAAAGUGAAACUACCUUUGUGCACCUCUAUAGUCAUUUUUUUUAUUUGGCAUGACGUUGUUUUCUUCCCGGAAUAGUGGGAACAAAUGUUGUCCAUGUAUUUUUUAAGUGCAUUUUAUGUAACGUUUGAUUUUUCGAGGCGUGUUUUUAAAUCACUCCAAGACAGCGCAGUAGGACUAAUCAAUACAUCUUCAAAUUAUUAUUUGUUUUUCUGAUUGUUUUGGCACCUGUCAGUCGAAUCCGUGACCGAAACAUACACUAAACUAGCUAUUAUAUUGCAUAUAUUCCAAGCAUGAACUCAUCAAGUGUUUUUUAUAUGUCUAACAACAGGAAACAGUUUGUGCGUGUUGCACAGAGAUUGACAAUACAGAGCGUAGCCCAUUGCCAAUCUGGGUCUGGACGUUGUAAUCCAUACCCUUCUGGGUGGUUGGUCGCGGGAUAGCCGAUUGGUUAAAGCAUCGCUCGUAACGUCGGGGGCCGGGUUCGAUUCCCCACGUACGUGGGUAAAUUGUGGGAAGCCCAUUUCUGGUGUUCCCCGACCUGAUAUUACGAUAAUAAUGCUAAAAGGUUGCCAGUCACGGCUAGACUGAUACCCACAUUAGGUCUUGAGUUAGAGCAUACAAAGUUAGUUUUGGAUAAUUUUAGUAGAUAUUUUUGUACUGUAAAUAGCUGUAGGACUUACACAUUAAUGUCACGAGGAAACCAUAUGGACUUUUAAUUGUCAUAUGUGCAAGUGUACAUAUGGUUUGAAUCAUUUUUUUAGAACUGACAAAUGGCUUGAUCGUGAUAUGCCCUAAGAUUUACACUGAAACCUCCUUAGUCCGGACGUAGUUAAUCCGGACACCCGACCUCCAGACAGCCUUGACAGGUACGUGUCCUGCCAAGGCACAUUACGCGGUACCAAUGAUUCGUUUAUCCGGACAUUUUAAAUUCCGGGCGCUGUCUCUUGGAAUGGCAGUGUCCGGAUUAACGAGGUCUCACAGCUAGUCUCAUUCAUGUUCUAACAGUGUCUGAGAGAUGUUUGUAUUUUCGCGUGAAUAAAGUAUAUGUACUAAUGGUAA